AUAAAAUGGAUACAUCAAGAGAGCGGGUGGAACAUUGGUGAAUAAAUGAUGGGAAACAUAUCCAAUAGAGAAACAGAAAAAAAAAAGACAGAGGGUAUGGCGUCCUACUCGAUCGACAUGACUACUGGCCAAUGAACAUUCCAAGUCUAGAAAUAGGGUGGCUCGUAAUCAUGAUGGACAGUAAUGCCAGCCAAUGAAAGCGGCAAACUCCACGUUGUGUCCAACCGGCACGCGAGGUUACCGUGGAGAAAAGCCGGCGCUCGGCCCCAGCGGGGAGGGGAGGGAGGGAGUACUCCGCACGCCCCGGCGGAAGAGGCAGAUUCAGGAAGCCAUUACGCAGCUCCCUGGCGAAGGUUCGGGCGGCCGAGGCCGGUCCGUACGCACUUUGCGUAGCGCCAGAGGUUGUCAAGGGCCUGGGCCUGGGCCUAGGCCUUGGCAGUGGGCAGGGGAGGCCCAUCCCCUGUUGGGGGCGGCAGGCUAAGGAGGAGGAGGAGAAGGAGGAGUAGCAAGGGGCUGGUAAAGGGGACUUUGGGGAGGCCAUGGCGGUGCCAGCUAAGAAGAGGAAGAUGAACUUCUCAGAGCGUGAGGUGGAGAUCAUCGUGGAAGAGCUAGAGCGGCAAAAACACCUGCUCAUCAACCACUUCAAUGCAGGCGUGCCCCUGGCGGCCAAGAGCGCAGCCUGGCACAACAUCCUGAGACGGGUCAAUGCCGUAGCCACGUGCCGUCGGGAGCUGCCCGAAGUCAAGAAGAAGUGGUCGGAUCUGAAGACUGAGGUCCGCCGCAAGGUGGCUCAGGUCCGGGCUGCCGUGGAGGGCAGUGAGCCCCACGGCGGGCCAGAGGAGGGAGGCCCAGGUGGCCCUGGCCCUGGCCCGGGCCCUGGAGGUGCUGGCCCUUCCGUGGCCCCUGUCCUGCUGACCCCUAUGCAGCAGCGCAUCUGUAACCUGUUGGGUGAGGCCACCAUCAUCAGCCUGCCAGGCGCAGCUGAGAUCCAUCCGGUGGCUCUAGGGGCAGCCACAGCUGCGGCCACUGUCACCCUGACACAGAUUCCCACUGAGACCACCUAUCAUACAUUGGAGGAUGGAGUGGUAGAAUACUGUACAACAGAGACACCCACGACAGUGACUGCUGAGGCACCUGUGGAGAUGAUGGCCCACCAAGCUGAUGUGUCUGUCAAGCCUCAAGCACUGAAAAGCCGCAUUGCACUUAACUCAGCCAAACUCAUACAGGAGCAGCGGGUCACUAACCUGCAUGUAAAGGAAAUUGCUCAGCACUUAGAACAACAGAAUGACCUCUUGCAAAUGAUUCGGCGUUCACAAGAAGUCCAGGCUUGUGCCCAGGAGCGCCAAGCCCAAGCAAUGGAAGGGACCCAGGCAGCUCUGAGUGUCCUCAUCCAGAUCCUCCGUCCUAUGAUAAAAGAUUUCCGCCGGUAUCUACAGAGCAACACGCCAAAUCCUGCUACACCAUCUGAUCCAGGUCAGGUGACCCAGAAUGGACAACAAGAUAGUCUUAUCCAAUGACAUUAGGAUUAAUUGAACUCCCUCUUUUGUGACUGAAUGGAUUCUCUAUUGUGUUUCAGGCAGGUCCUAUGGUUGUCCUUAGAAUAGGAUAAACUACAUGGAUAACUUCCUAUUAGAUAGGAAUUCAGUGCUCGUGGUGCAUGAUGUUUUUGAAAGCUGGAGGAAAUUGGGAUAUGGAACUUAAUGAGCUUCUUGGAAACAGAGUUCCCUUCUCUGUCAGGCCCACUGCUACAUUCCCAAAAGCUAGAAGAUUUGUUGGCCAAGGCAUCUCCUUGCUGGAGGACCAGGCUCAUCUUUUGUGAACAUUACAUGACCUGGUCUCAUGUCUAGAAGAUCUCCUAUGAAGGUCAUAACUGGAAGUAGUGCAGCCAAGAGUGACAAUCCCAGGUGCUGCUAUCUUGAAAGAAGAUAAUAAUGGUGCUGACACUCAUGCAAUACCACCUUUAUCCUUUAGGAGGCAGUAUCACUGGGAUUGAAGCUGAAAUUGCACCCCUUCCUCCUCACUGUGCCUAGGUCCCCAGGGGAACGUAGUAAUGCAUUCUCCCACAGGACAGCAGAUUUCCUUGCUCACACCCUAAAAGGUUUCCCCAGAACUCCGAUGCCAGCAGUUAUGACUUGAAGCUAAACUCCACCAGUGCUGCUCAGGAGGGAUUAGGUUGGAGGGGAGUGUCUCUGGCUGCCAGCUUGUUUUCCAAAGACUCUCACCACUCCUGGCGCCUGUUUUUCCCAACAUCCUUUAGUUGGGUGGUAUGUUUAUUUCCAAGUUCAGGCUCUGGACUAUAAAUUGCUGGGGAAGCUAUGCAAAGGAAUAGAGGAUCAUUAGCCUUCAAACCCUUAGCCUAAAGGGAUUGCCCUUACUGAGACUUGUGUUGAAUUCUUGACUUUAACUGAAUAGGCUUCACCCAGCUUGUCCACUUCUACACAUGUGUUACAGGAACAAAUUCAGGAUUUUCAAAGUAUAGAUCUGCAGUGCAGAUUCUUCCCUUUUUUCUCUAUUUCCUUCAACCUCAGAAGUUAAAUGCAAAGAAAUUCUGUGCAGCAUCACUCUGGAGCACUUCUCCCCAAAAUGUUAGCUUGCUCCAUGGUAUUGCUACCAGAUAUCCAGGCUCCAGUUGGGAUGACUCUAAAGCCAUGAUUGACGCUGAACAUAUAGGAAGAGUAGGGUGAGGUUACUGUAAAAACUAGAACUUUUGGAUUCUUGGAAAUUUGACCAUUUCAACCUUGCUUCCAAAAAAAUGUUCAGCAUUGAGAAAAUCUCUGCCUUUUGGAAAGGAGAUGGUACCUUGAGAUAUUUAGAAUUGGACUUCAGUAUUCAGUCCUUUGAAUCUACUCACUUUUUUUUUUCAGGAGCCACUGUAAUUUUUGAAGGUUGAAUUCUAAUCGAGUGGCUUUUUUUGGUUUUGUUUUUUAAUUUUCACCUAUCACUGAGGCCCUUGCAGCUACAUAAGCCCAUAUCACCUUUGAUGUACAAGGUUGGGCAGUAUCACUGUAUGUGCCUUGACUAGAUGUGGCCCAUGGUUGCAACCCAAGGUACCAGCCCCCAGCUUUACAAAGGGAAGAUGCUGCCUCUGUGGGCACUUGCAUUUAGAAUUGCUAACUUCCAGUAUUGCAAUCAAGAGAGACUCUUCCUUACCCCCUAUUCCCCAGUUCUGUUAUUACUGUAAUGCUGAUUCAGGCUUUUCUGCAGAGCUGUUCGUGGAGACCCAGGAAAGAACUGGGCUCACUUGAUGGAGGUAGAAAGUUUUUGAAGACAUCAGUGACUAAUAGCACCCCCUAAGCCCUUGGUCCCAAUGGUACCAGCAACUCCAUCAGGUUUUAACUGCAGUGGCCUCUUUGAAGAUUUAUACACAAGAGAGCUCAGCUGAGCCAGUAUUGUGUCUGAUCCAAUUGACUGGGUACAAAGAAGAUUCCUGGGGGCACUUGGACCGACUAGUUCUUUCCAAGUAUUUUUAAUAAUAAAAGCCCACUUUUUUUACAUAA